AGUGUCACUCUAUGAUUCUUAUGAUAUUCUUGGACCGAGCUGCCAUCCAAAUCCAUCAAUAAACAAAACUGACGUGUACCUUCAAAACAAUAUUAAACUAAAAUCAUUGAAGUUCAUGAUCUUGUGAAAAUGGCAGAGACUCAAGGACUGCUCGACGACCGCGUACCAGGGGACGCUAAUCCGAUGGGGAAUGGAGAUGCGCCACAGCCACCGCUCUCGGAGGGUGACACUCCUCCGCCGCUUUCUGAGCGGGAGGCUUACUUCGUAGCCCUGCGAGUGUGGAUUCAGCAAGCUCGGAUGUAUCAGAACCUGUCAUCAUGCUUUCCCUACUAUAUGAUGGCUUUUCGAGGCCUUAAUCCUGCUCAGACGAACGUGCCACUUCUUAACAAUAAUUAUCAGUUUCAAGGGCAACAGUUCCCUUUUCAAAUGCCUAAUCUGCCGCGGAAUGCUCCGCCCAACCAGCUACAGCAGGAGACACUUACACCAGCUGAAGUGAUUGCCCGGCACGGGGGCUACGAGUAUGUGAUCCCCGCGCUCUACAAGAGGCUUGCGGCCGAGUUCAUUGACUUCAUGCUGCUCUUCAUCCUCAAACUUAUUGUCACCUUCAUAGCUGUAGAUAUGUUUGAGUUGAUAGAUUUGGAUAAAUUCGACAUCAUCAAAUUCACGGAACACUACGAUGACUACAAAUAUGCAAUGGAGUUAACAUCAGAAAUACUGUUUCUAGAAGUCAUUUACAGGGUGCUGGUUUGCAUAUUUGAGGCAUUCUGUCUCUGCGGCAGCGUCGGCCGCACGGGCGGGGCCACGCCCGGCAAGGCCCUCCUCGGCCUCCGCGUCGUCACGGCCUCCGCCGUCAUCCCAGUAGAAGGCCGGCCGCGGGAAACCGUCCUCCUCUACCCGGGCCGGCCUCUCUCCUUCCUGCUCGCACUCGUCAGAUCUCUUAUGAAGAACUUUCUGAUCUCUCUCCUUUUUCCGCUCUGUGUUGUCUUGUUUGUGUUUAGACAUAAUCGUACGGGCUACGAUUUGCUGUGUGGAGUGAUUGUGGUUGAGGAGAACAUGUUUCCUAGGAGGCGGCAUGCACCGUAAAGAAAGUUCUUUUUGCAGGUUGAGUAUUAAAACGAUUAAGCGCCAUUACACACGGCACACACUCAAGAAUGAAAUCGGGUAACUUUGUGUGUGGAAACUAACCUAAGUGUCCUAUUUAUAUUACUUUUGAGUGUAUAAUCAAAGGAAUAAGAAAAGUUAAAACCAAAAGUGCAACAAUAUGGAUGUCGGAGCUAAUGUUUUGUUUCAUAAGAACGUAUAGAAACGUAUUAAAAUACUUUUACAGUACUUUUCAAAAGCUGCAACAGGAAUAUUGUAUUUUACCAAUUCACGCAAAAUAGGCGCAGGACGUCGAGUUGCGGAAAAUCGCCCGUACUACAAUACAAUACAAUACAAUUCUAUUUUACCAAAGGCUUAAUCGUUAGUAAACUAAAUAAAAUUGUCUAGAUUGCCACAAACAAAUAUUCAUUUUGUUAUUCGUUACAUAACGUUCUUUUUUUGUCGCGCAAGAAACUUGCGAUAAAGUAAAAAAUAUGUACCUAAAUAAUUAUUCGCUGGCUGAUCACAUAAUAUAUAGAACUUUUUCGAGACAUAACAUCCGCUCGCAAAGAAAACCCAGUUAAUUGCUAACCGCUUCUCGUCGGUGAUACAACAUAUCUCAAAUCAGUUAGAACCCGCUUUUUUAAAUUGAGUAUCAAAAGGUGAUUAUUAUUUGGUUUUCGUUCCUGUUGGACGAUAUUCAUUUAAUUUAACUUGUAGUUUUUGGUUCAGGAACGGUGUUAACAUUAAAUUACCUACUGUUUCCACAAAAGCGGUGGACGAGUUAGUGUAAAUGCGCCUUUAUUAGUCUACUUUUUCUUGGUGCUCUGAGCCUACCGCGAACCACAUUCGACGUGUUGCCUCCCUGUCACACUUACGAAUUUACAAGUGCGACAGACACGCAACACGUGGUUCACGGUAGGUCCUCUGUAUACCUGUAAUGGUGGUCGCGCUUUUAUGGUCUGUCAUCGUGGCCGUCACGUAUGACACGACAUCUAUAAAAUCCAUUGACGUAUUAUAUGUAAGGACUGGCCUUACGGGCACUAAAAAUGGUGCGGCGUCACUCACGAAUUCGAGCCAAUCGUGCACCCUAACGCAACUAUACCUACGUCAAUGGUAAAAUCACAGGGGGCUGCCCCCUCCCUACUGAUUUUAUUAGUGUUGUAUGGUUUGUUCAAUUUAUGGUUCAAGAGUAUUUAAGCUAGGUUAAACAAAUUUUUUGAUUGCAAGUUUUGGAACUCAGUGUGUAAAAAAUAUAUUAUGAAUACGAAUUAAUGUUACCGAAUUAGGUUAAGAUGUGGCAAAUCUACAGUUUUCCUUAUUGAUGUUAAAUUUAUUUUUGCGAAAAAUAUUAUUUUUGUCUGAAAUAAGGAUUUAUUUUUGUGAUAUAAUUCUGUAAAUUUCUAAAUUUCCUAGGGCACGUUUAUAUUUGAAAUGGCGUACAGACUGAGAGAUUUGUUCUCUAACAAAUGACUCGCCGCGAGCCGCAAAAGGGCUUAUUACUUGUACACAGUAGCCGGGCACUUUUUGUAUGGAGGCCGACCGGCUCUCCGACCGCUAAACUGUUGAAUGUGAACGUGCCCUUAUAUUAUUUUUGUACGCUAUUAAACUUUUUGCCAAAAUAAUUUAAGUACCUAUUUAAAAAUAAUAUAUUGUUUUAAAAUGAGUUUAUUUUGUGAUUGAUAUUAAUGGAGUUUAAAAAAUGUACAUAGUUUAAGACUUUCGUCACCUUUAAAAUUAAUUCCAUUAUUAAGUAUCUAAUAAAAAGUUCCGUGCAAAACAUAUUAAAAAUAUAUUUCUUACGGGUAACUCCCGUAAUUUAGGUCGAAUUUCGCUAGAAAUGUAUCGAUCCGUGCUUUAUUGAUCCUAGUAACCCUCAUAACUGGUGUCGAGCGAAAUUAGACCUAACUUACACAUUGAGUUAUUAUUACUAUAGAGAAGCCAUACUGAAAUAGUCGCAAUCGCAAACUGUAUCACGAGACCAAAACGUCGUAAGCGCCGUGAAAUCCGUGGCGCUUACUCGUUUAGGGCUUAUGCUCCAAUUCCAUAGUUGUCGGCCGUCAACAACUCAUGGCGCAAAAUACUGGGGGCUUACCGCGAAAACCGAAAUUCGCGAAUUGCGGGGAUCUUUCUCCUUUACUCCAAUGAAGGCGUAAUUAGAGUGACAGAGAAAGAUGCCCGCAUUUUGAGAACUUCAAUUUUCGCGGUUAUAGCCCUGGUUCUCUGUGCCGGUUCUAUACGUAGUAAUAAUAGUUCAAUGAACUUACGCGAGUUGCCUUAAAUAAAUACAUUUUUAAUACGUACAAUAUUUUUUGAUUACAUUAUUUAAAAAUGAUUAGCGUUAUAAGUUGAUUUCAGUUAUUACAGUUUUGUUCCCUUGUUCCUGCUUUAUUUAUUUAAUCUUUAUUGCACAUAAGAAAACCCACUGUACAAAAGGCGAACUUAAUGCCAUAAGGCUGCUUUAGCUAUUAACAGAGACAAGUAAGUGACAGACUGUUAAUAUUUUUUAACAGGUGAUCGACAGUCUUAAUUCCUUGUUUGUCUCUGCUAUCAAUAAACAAAUAUUGUAGUAGGUGCCAUGCUUGUGCUUUGUGUGAUCAAAAAUCUCAAAGUACACAAUUGUGACUUUAUGACAAGCUGAUUUUUGCACGCACACAUGCCAGUUCGGGAAAAUCGGUAUGCUAUGGAAUCACAGUUUUCUCUUAGCGACCGUUGCUUAUUUUUCAACUCUGUGAAAGUGUUUGUGUAUAAUAAUAUUCAUAAUAUAUCAUCCUUAUAAUAUGUGGUUCAAUCCGUUUAAUGUGUACCUAUCUAAAUCAAUUGAUAGAUAAAUCGAAGAAAACCUUAAUUAGGUACAUCUUUGCUUUAGAUAGACUUUAUUUUGUUUUCUUUUGAGAAAUAAAAAAUAU